UAAAGAUCCCAGAAGCCACCGCGCAGCCGCCCGGCCCGCAACUAUUUCCAGACUCGGCGGGGGCAGGGGUGGGCCCAGACUCCACUUCCCGGCGGGUAGUGCGACCCUAGGGGCGGGACUUCGUGUCCCAGCAGGCUCCGGGCGGCGUGGGCCGCGGUGCCUUGUGUGGGAUGUAAGCGCGGAGGUGGGCGAGGGGUAUCGAGGCGAGGACUCUCCUUGGGGUUUGGGGGCUUGGUCUGGGUUCGCUUUCUGGACGGACUCUAGGGCCCCAGGGGCACAGUCGUAGAGGGGGCGGGGCGGCCAUUGGGGCUCUUGGGGCGCACCCCAUCGGGUACCGGGCGUCCCGAAAUUGUGGGGGACAAAAAGGCUUUGCAGUCUCGGCUGAGGGGUGUCACCGACAAAAGAGGGGAAGCCGGCCGCCGCCCGCCGCCCGCCGCCAUGGGGCUGAAGGCCGCCCAGAAGACGCUGUUCCCGCUGCGCUCCAUCGACGACGUGGUGCGCCUGUUUGCUGCCGAGCUGGGCCGAGAGGAGCCGGACCUGGUGCUCCUUUCCUUGGUGCUGGGCUUCGUGGAGCAUUUUCUGGCUGUCAACCGCGUCAUCCCCACCAAUGUUCCCGAGCUCACCUUCCAGCCCAGCCCCGCCCCCGACCCUCCUGGCGGCCUCACCUAUUUUCCCGUGGCCGACCUGUCUAUCAUCGCCGCCCUCUAUGCCCGCUUCACCGCCCAGAUCCGAGGCGCCGUCGACCUGUCCCUCUAUCCUCGAGAAGGGGGUGUCUCCAGCCGUGAGCUGGUGAAGAAGGUCUCCGAUGUCAUAUGGAACAGCCUCAGCCGCUCUUACUUCAAGGAUCGAGCCCACAUCCAGUCCCUCUUCAGCUUCAUCACAGGCACCAAAUUGGACAGCUCUGGUGUGGCCUUUGCUGUGGUUGGGGCCUGCCAGGCCCUCGGUCUCCGGGAUGUCCACCUCGCCCUGUCUGAGGAUCAUGCCUGGGUAGUGUUUGGGCCCAAUGGGGAGCAGACAGCUGAGGUCACCUGGCAUGGCAAGGGCAACGAGGACCGCAGGGGCCAGACGGUCAACGCUGGUGUGGCUGAGCGGAGCUGGCUUUACCUGAAAGGAUCAUACAUGCGCUGUGACCGCAAGAUGGAGGUGGCAUUCAUGGUGUGUGCCAUCAACCCUUCCAUUGACCUGCACACCGACUCGCUGGAGCUGCUGCAGCUGCAGCAGAAGCUGCUCUGGCUGCUCUAUGACCUGGGACAUCUGGAAAGGUACCCCAUGGCCUUAGGGAACCUGGCAGAUCUGGAGGAGCUGGAGCCCACCCCUGGCCGGCCAGAUCCACUCACCCUCUACCACAAGGGCAUUGCCUCAGCCAAGACCUACUAUCGGGAUGAACACAUCUACCCCUACAUGUACCUGGCUGGUUACCACUGUCGCAACCGCAACGUGCGCGAAGCCCUGCAGGCCUGGGCAGACACGGCCACUGUCAUCCAGGAGUCCCUGGGGCUACCCCCCAUGGCGAGACCCCUUCAGACCCUACAGAGACCCCACUGCUCUCACAGCUACAACUACUGCCGGGAAGACGAGGAGAUCUACAAGGAGUUCUUCGAAGUAGCCAAUGAUGUCAUCCCCAACCUGCUGAAGGAGGCAGCCAGCUUGCUGGAGGCGGGCGAGGAGCGGCCGGGGGAGCAGAGCCAGGGCACCCAGAGCCAAGGUUCUGCCCUCCAGGACCCUGAGUGCUUCGCCCACCUGCUGCGAUUCUACGACGGCAUCUGCAAAUGGGAGGAGGGCAGUCCCACGCCUGUGCUGCACGUGGGCUGGGCCACCUUUCUUGUGCAGUCCCUAGGCCGUUUCGAGGGACAGGUGCGGCAGAAGGUGCGCAUAGUGAGCCGAGAGGCCGAGGCAGCCGAGGCGGAGGAGCCGUGGGGCGAGGAAGCCCGGGAAGGCCGGCGGCGGGGCCCACGGCGGGAGUCCAAGCCAGAGGAGCCCCCGCCACCCAAGAAGCCAGCACUGGACAAGGGCCUAGGUGCCAGCCAGGGUGCAGUGUCAGGACCCCCCCGGAAGCCCCCUGGGACGGUCCCUGGCACAGCCCGAGGCCCUGAAGGUGGCAGCAUGGCUCAGGUGCCAGCGCCUGCAGCGUCACCACCGCCAGAGGGUCCAGUGCUCACUUUCCAGAGUGAGAAGAUGAAGGGCAUGAAGGAGCUGCUGGUGGCCACCAAGAUCAACUCGAGCGCCAUCAAGCUGCAACUCACGGCACAGUCGCAAGUGCAGAUGAAGAAGCAGAAAGUGUCCACCCCUAGUGACUACACUCUGUCUUUCCUCAAGCGGCAGCGCAAAGGCCUCUAAACUACUGGGGACUUUGGACCGCUUGUGGGAACCCAGGCCCCGCCUUUAGUCCCCCAACUCUGAGCCCAUGCUCUGCCCCCAGCCCAAAGGGGACAGGCCUUAUCCCUACCCAAACCCAAGGUUUCAGGUCCCGAGUAGAGUCUAUAUCAAACCCAUGAUUUUCUCCAGCUCAGAAUCCAGGGCUCUGCCCUAGUCGUUAGAAUGUAGGUCUCUUCUCCCAGAAUUCCAGGGUGCCAAUGGAAACCUCACCCUGGGUCUUAAUUAACAAUCUUUAAAGGCCCAGCCCCUAGAAACCCAGGCUCCUCCUCGGAACCGCUCACCUAGAGCCAGACCAACGUUACUCAGGGCUGCUCCCAGCUUGUAGGAGCUGAGGUUUCACCCUUAACCCAAGAAGCACAGGUCCCACCUCCGGCCUGGGAGCCUAGGACCACUCAGCCCCUAGGAGUGUAUUUUCACAUUUCAGAAUUCCAUAAUCUUGCGAAUCCAAGCCCUCUGCCCCAAAGAACUUAAGUUCUGCUCCAGAAUUUGGAAAUCCUAGCUUCCUCUUUCCUACCCCGAGUCUGGGACACAAAACUCCGCCCCCAGCCUAUGAGCAUCCUGAGCCCCGCCCUCUUCCUGACGAAACUGGCCCCGGAUCAGAGCAGGACCUCCCUUCCGACCCUCUGGGAACCUCCCAGAGGUCCAGCCCAUUUCGGAGCAUCCCGGAGGAAAUCUGCAGAGGGUUGGGAGUGGGUGACAGGAGCCUGAUCUUUUCCUGUUUUGUACAUAGAUUUAUUUUUCAGUUCCAAGAAAGAUGAAUACAUUUUGUUAAAAAAAAA